CUUUGCUUCUUUUGUCUGUUUCGUUGUGGCACUUCUUGCACUCCUCCUGAGUUACAUAGGAUGUGUUUCUCGUGAACUUUUUCUCUGGAAUCUCGGCUUGAUUUCGAGAAAAAGGUCCAAUCUUGGCUUCUGGGGGUGUGUGAUUCUGUGCAGAUUUCCAUCAGAUAAGUAGCUGAACUUCCUCACUUAUGACCCUCUGAUGAAAGGUUUUUGCUUUGUUGUUAUGAAUCUUGGUUGAACAUUUUGUUUUGCUGCUGGGUAUUUUUUAUUUGGCAGUAUUGUUGGUCCCUCUGUUGGGUUGUGAUUUUUUUGUAUGUUGGUUGGGAGAAUAGGUAUCUGAAAUGUUGUUUUGGAGAAGGGUUCUGGUUUGAUUUUGGGGGCUGUUUUCACUUUGAAGAUCAAGAGGGAUAUUAGGUGGGAUUGAAAAAGGUGUUGGAAGAUUGAACAUACAUUGGUUUUUUUUUUUUUUUUUAAUCUGUAGGUUUGGUGAAAAGGACUUAAAAAUGUGUAUGAACUAGCAGCGUUUGAGGUGGAAUGUGUUCAUUGUUCUAAUCUGUUUUGUUGUUUGUGAGAAGCAAUGGAAGGGAAUUUAUCACAGGGAGGUAUAAUUCAAAGUGGGGCUUCUUUUGGUGGUUUUGAUUUGCCAGGAUCAAUGCGGGUUCAUCCUCAAGCACAACAUCCACAUAACAUGAACCAACAUCAAACUCACCAUCCUUGCCAAGGGUCUUCAGUGCAUUCCUCAAUUCGUGAUGGUUUUCCGCUUACAGUGGGAACCUUGCAGAACUGUGAUCAGUCAAUGAAAGAGUUUAGUCAGGGAGAUAGGAACAAAAACUCAGCAAGUGAGGAAGAUGAUGAGGAAGGUUUUGAUGGUCAUCAUGAAUCAGGUAGAGGGAAAAAGAAGUCACCUUGGCAGCGGGUGAAGUGGACUGAUAAGAUGGUGAGGCUUAUGAUAACAGCUGUUUCUUAUAUAGGCGAGGACGCAACUUCUGAUGGUGGUGGUGGUGGAAGAAGAAAAUUUGUAGUCCUACAGAAAAAGGGUAAGUGGAAAUCUGUUUCCAAGGUCAUGGCCGAAAGAGGUUACAAUGUUUCGCCUCAGCAGUGUGAGGAUAAAUUCAAUGAUCUUAAUAAAAGGUACAAAAGGCUUAAUGAUAUGCUUGGGAGGGGCACUUCUUGUCAGGUUGUUGAAAAUCCUGCUCUGUUGGAUGUAAUAGAUUAUCUUUCUGAGAAAGAAAAGGAUGAUGUUCGAAAAAUAUUAAGCUCAAAACACCUCUUCUAUGAAGAGAUGUGUUCUUAUCAUAAUGGUAAUAGAUUGCAUUUACCCCAUGAUCCUGCAUUGCAGCGUUCACUGCAGUUAGCUCUCCGAAGUAGAGAUGAUUAUGAUAAUGAUGAUAGCAGAAGGUCCUAUAAUGAUGAUCACGAUGAAGAUGAUCAAGAUGGGGAAACUGAUGAUCAUGAUGACUUUGAAGAGAAUUAUGCUUCCCAUGGAGAUGGUAGAGGAAUCUAUGGGGCAUUAGGGGGAUCUAUGAAGAGAUUAAAACAAGGGCAAGGCCAAGAAGAUGCUACUACUUUUGGAAAUUCUUUGAAUAAUCAGGAGUACAACAAAAGUUCAUAUCCUCAAGGACAGACGGUCCAAUCUGAUGCUAAUCAAGCUUUACCUGAAAGCAUGAGAGCAGCUUGGUUACAGAAGCAAUGGGUUGAAUCUCGCGCACUUCAGUUAGAAGAACAGAAGCUACAACUUCAGGUUGAGAUGUUGGAACUAGAGAAACAAAGAUUCAAGUGGGAGAAGUUUAGUAAGAAAAAAGACCGUGAGUUGGAGAAGCUGAAGCUGGAGAACAAAAGAAUGAAGCUUGACAACGAGCGUAUUGCUUUAGAACUAAAGCGGAAGGAAAUUGGCCCUGGCUCUAACUAGGUUGGCAGUCUUGCAAGCUUUUUGGCAGUGGCAUUACAUGCAUGGUUUGUUUAGUUGAAGUUAUACAAUUUUUGAUGGGGAAACUUAGGAAAGAAUCAACCCCUUUAGUACUGUUUAGAUUUUGGAAUUUGCAAAUUCCAGUAGGUGGUGCACAAAGAUUACUAAAUAGGGUUUUAUUCUCUGUUGCCUAUAUUUAAAUACUGGGUGUU